AUUUCUCUUUAACUAUUAUUACCUUCCUCAGUUGAGUUCCUUGGUUUGAGUUGAGUUUCUUCUCUCUUUCUCCUUCCUCGUCCACCUCUCUACACUCACGAGAUCUUGCUCUUUUUUGUCAAAAAGCAGCAAAAUAAUCAAAUUUCUGAAACUGCCCAAACUCAUCUCUUUCUGCUUGUCCUUUUCCCUGUUUGGGGUGUUUAUCUGUUACGCUUCUGCACAACACCUUUCCCUUUAUAAUCCCUCCUUGAAUUUUGUGCAACCAAGGUUUCCUUUUCCUUCCCGUUUGGGUUCCUUCUCAGUUCUCACGUGAUCCUUUUCAUUUUUUUCAUCUCCCAUAAUGAUUCUCUAGCAUCUCAUAUCACCUUGUUGACUUUGUUCUCUUUCAAGUAACAAAUUAAUUGAUUAUGGAUUCGAAUUCGCGCUACCAAGUUCAGCAGCAACACCAACACAAUUCUGGGUUACUUCGAUUUCGUUCUGCCCCUCCCGCAAAUCUCAAACAACAAGGCGAAGCUGCCAAUAAUAAUGGGAGCGCGUGGGAGGGUUCUGAACCGCUUUUGAGAUUCUUGAAUUCCGGGGACACCCAUGAUACGACGUCGUCGCCUACCUUACGAGAAUUCGUGGAUAAUAAGGUUUCUAAUAAUAGUAAACCUGCGAAGGAGUCAUCAUCACCUCUGAGUCGCAUGAAUUCCCAACAGGGUUAUAGUACUUCUAUGUUACCCUCUCGGAGUACUGUAACUUCAGCUAUGAUGUUGGGUUCUAUGGGAAAGAAUCAGAGUGCCAAAAGCUUUGAUUCCAAUCUUCUCAGGCAAAGUAGCUUCCCUGCUGGCCAUUUCUCUAACAACAUCUCCUUUCAGAACGGGUAUGAUACUAUGAAAGGUGUUGGAAACUAUAGUGGGGUCAAUGGCAAUGAUGGUGAACUUAGUCUAUCUAUGAACAGAAUGAAGAAUCAAAUAAGCUUCUCAUCAAUAAGUCCUUCUUCUUCCUUGGGAGUGCUAUCACCAACUUCCAAAAUAGGCACGGAGGGUAUUAGGGUAACUAGCACUGAGGAUGGGAGGCAGGGAGGGAGCAAUGGUGAUGCUCGAUAUUUUGGCCCUGGAUUCUCCUAUGCUUCUUGGAAUGAGCCUUCACACCACAAAAGACAGCGAAGUAGUAAUGAUGAGUUACUUUCUGAUUCUCAGGAUGGAGAACUAGGAAAUCAAGUUCAAACACUUUCGCAUCAUUUGAGUUUGCCAAGAACGUCGUCGGAUAUGUUUGCUAUGGAUAGUUUGCUUCAGUUUUCAGAUUCUGUUCCUUGUAAAAUCAGAGCUAAGAGAGGCUUUGCUACACAUCCUCGAAGCAUUGCCGAAAGGGUGAGAAGAAGUCGGAUCAGUGAACGAAUAAGAAAAUUGCAAGAGCUUGUUCCAAACAUGGACAAGCAAACUAGCACAGCAGAGAUGUUGGACUUGGCUGUAGACUACAUAAAAGAUCUUCAGAAAGAAUUCAAGACUCUGAACGAUAAACGGGCUAAAUGCAAAUGUAUAAACAUGCAGAAGUCAGAAGCAGAUCAAGUUGCUUGAGUUUCUUUUGUACAGGUAAUAAAAAGGAACUACGCCAAACAUGAAUAGGACCCGGGUUUUAUAUUUUGACGUGCUGAAAAAUCAAUAGAACAAAGUUAAUAUGCAGAAUGCCAGCUUUUAACUCUUCAUGCCACAUUGUGUAUUUUGAGUUAACGGGAGUUCCAGCCACACAGACAAUAAAUCAUAAUUUUGUAUACAAAAAUUCUAAUGAAUUAAUUUUAGCUUAUUUUUCCCCGUGCUCCUAAACUUAUCAAAGACUUCCCAGAGUUUGGAUUAGGAGGAAAAUUUGUGGUUUCUUUCUUUUUAUUAUUACAAAACAAUUUAGAUGAGUUGGAUUUCAGGAACUCACCAAGCUAAACAGCUUUUAAGACUCAAAGAAUGAGAUAUGAAUUUGUUUUUUUAUCAAUUAGAUCAAUAUUUAUUAGUUUGUGGUUUCUUAUUGAAUUGAUGCAUUAUAAAUGAAAUCCGACAUUGAGUA